AAGGGCUAGGAUCACUGGCCUAUGCUACCACACCUGACUAAGUGUUUUCUUUAUUAGAGUUCUCAUACUUCUACACCACCUCAGCAGUGAGGCAUGCUGGCCCUUUAACAGGUUUCCCUUCCAGAGGCUUCUCUAUCAGUGGGGCGCACAACUGGCAAGAAAGGCUACCAGGCUGCCAAGAUGAAAUGCCUUGAAGGUUUCACCAAGUGGGCUGAGUGUCUGCAUAAAAUGUCCAGAGGUGCACAGGCAAGAGGCCUGCACUUUCACCAGAGGCCAAGAAAGUUCUCUGGUCCCUUGGCUCCUGAAGAAGGCUCAGUAUCUGCCUUCCACCUGGAGGACGUGGAAGAAAAGGAGAACGAAGAGGAAGAUUUGUGUUCAGAUCCGGCCCCAGAUGUGGAGGAGGAAGGGAAUGAUCUUGGGGACCCAGCCAUACUGAGUGCCAUCCAAAAGGCACAAGUGCCGUGGCAGCCUGUGUUCCCAAGAGUCAGAUCUUCAGCCUGCCACUUUGGACCUCGCCAGCCUUCGCCAGAUCCUCUUCUGUUCUAUAGCCCACUGACCCCGUGGCUUCAUAAACUCAGCCUUCCCAGCCAUCUGACACAGCUCCACCCUCAGCACCAACGGAUCCUGCUGCAGCAGCAGAGACAAUCAGUGAGCCUCCUAGCCCAGAAGCCUUGGUCUCUGAAGCCAGACACCUAUGCUAACCUCAUGACCCAAAAAGAGAAGGACUGGGUGAUAAAAGUACAGAUGGUUCAGCUGCAAAGUGAGAACCCCCGCCUGGAUGAUUAUUACUACCAGGAGUACUAUCAGAAGCUAGAGAAGAGACAGGCAGACAGAGAGCUGCUUGGACAGAGGAACAGGACUAAGUCUUUCAAGCUGGUCACACCUUACAUCCAGAAGGCAGAAGUUUAUGAGUCAGUGGUACGAAUUGAGGGUUCCCUGGGCCAGGUAGCUGUAUCAACAUGUCUUAGCCCUCGUCGAGCUAUUGAUGCUGUAUCUCAUGGAACUCAAGAGCAGGGUACAGGAGCUGCAAGCAGUCAGAGGCUUCGAGUAUUAUCCCUGAUUGAGAAGAUGUUCCUUCAGUUACUAAAGAUAGAGGAGGGCCAGAAUGUUGGGUUUCCACAACUCUACCACUCGGGGGAACAGAGCAACCAGGUUGAGAAGCUCUUUCAGGCCUUAAAGACCCAGGAGCAGAACAAUCUGGAGGAGACAGCAGAUAGCCUUCUGCAGGUGCUGUCUGUGAGGAAAGGGAAAAUUUUGGUGGCUCGGCUGCUCCCCUUCUUGCCCCAUGAUCAAGCCGUUAGCCUUCUCCUGUAUAUCAUCUACCACCUGCCCCUCCUGAUCCUGAGGGACAUGGAUGACCAGGCUCUACACAUGCUGUUCAAACCUCUGGGAAAAUAUAUCAGUCAUUUGACCUUCCAUCAACUCCUCCAUGGACUGCGAGGUCUAAUGUUGCUACCACCUGGCUCCUCAGAGCGGCCAGUCUCUGUGGUACUUCAGAAUCAGUUUGGGAUAUCACUGCUUUAUGCCUUGCUGAGUCAUGGAGAGCAGCUGGUGUCCCUGGAUGCUUCCCUUCGAUCCAGCAGUGACUGCACAGUUUGGACAGACUUGGUGAUUCUGAUUGCCUGGGAGAUCUCUCAGUUACCUGCAGCAUCUCUCGCAGAACCCCUAACCUUCCCCAGGAACCUGCUUCCCCUGUUCUGUCAUCACAUGGACAAACAAUUAGUUCAGCAGCUGGAAGCCAGAAUGGAACUUGCCUGUACCUAGAGAUUUAUUAAUUCUGGAACUUACAUGUGAGAGGUUGAAAUAUCAGAAAUGAAACUACAUCACCUGCCUACAAUGAUACAUUUCCUAUGCUUUGUUAUAUUGGAGAACUCUGCCACAAACAUUGUCAUAUCCUUUCUUAAAAUCUAAGUGAUUUGCCUAAAAUUAAGGCAUGACUUUAGGUAUUAUUAAAGAAAUAUCAAAUGAUAUGUUAACUUGUUUGUAAGUCUAGAAUUACAAUGAAGGCCAUUUUGUGAAUGUGUCAAGAAUAUCCUUUAUAAGAGACAAGGCCUUGCUAUAUGUAAUAAAAGUAUAAUCUGGGA